AUGCUACUUAAAAAUCAAGAAAAAUAUAAAAAAAAUUAUUCACAUCAUAGUAGUUGAAGAACAUUAACUCAAUUCUCCUUAUAAUAUUAACUAGUAUUUUUUUACUAACCAUUAAUAUUAGAAGAUAAACUAAGAUAUGGAUUGUCAACCUCCAGGAAGUAUGUUACAAUUCCUUUUGAAAUCUGA